UAUUAUGUCAAAACAAUAUUCAUAUCUACGAGGAGACCUCCACAGCAAACAAUUAGGAUGGAAAUCUAAUAGUAGAAGUAUACUAAUUAAUACUAAAAAUAUCAAUUUGUCAAGGAAAUGUUGUUACUUAUGUUUUUCCAGCCUUCCGUUGCAACAAUCAUUAAAGGAUAGGUGGGCAGCCCGCUCAUAGCGACCAUUGCAAGAAUAGG